AUGGGCUUCCAUUCAUUCGGAUGGAAGAGGGUUCUUGUCAUUCUAAGUAUCUUUUUCUUGGUGCUGCUGGUCAUCAUUACGCGACAGAAUUGUUACACAAAGAUUAAUCAAGUACAAAAUAAACUCUCAGUUUGUCUACAUCAUUCAGAAGCACUUUCCUCUCAACUAGACGGUAAGCUCAAUAUUUUUUUAUUAACUUUUUAGUCAUUAACAAGUACAAAGAGACAGUGGAAAGUGUAUUGGGGAGCGUAAGAGCUGAGAAUGAUAAAACAAUUAAUGGUAAGGCAACAGAAGUAAUUAAGAAAAUUCUAGAAUGCAAAAAACGGGUUUCUACAUUGGAAAUGGUCAGUAAGAAUUGUGGAAAUGGAGAUGAGAUAAAGAAGUUGAAGGUGGGUGAGAUUGCGGUUUGCAAAAAUUGAUAAUCGAAUCGAUAUGUUUGUUACUGUGCAAAUUACUUUAAGGAGGAAAAUGAAGAACUUAAAUUAAAGAUUGAACAAUUGGACAGUAAGCAUAAACAGGUAUGAUAAUUGUGACAUUUGUAACUAUUUUAAAAAAUACAAUUAAAUAAAGAUUAUGUUUAUUAAGGAUCAGGUUCAUGCCGUCCAGAAUGCCAUCAGUGAAGUAAAAGAAGAGAAGAAGGUCGAAGAUAGAAAGGUAAGUUAUGAUUGACCAUUAAAAAUGUUGAAUUUGUUCUCUUCAUUUGUAUAAUUCGAAGUAUUGGGGAACACUAUAUUGUUCACGUUCUGUGAUACCGAGUGUAAGAACAUACUUUGUUGGUCUGAGGGAAGCAUAUUAGUAAUGAAAGCCUUCUGAGAGUCAUAAGUCCAGAAAGAACUUGUAGCAGAUGGGUCGAAUUCUGAAGGGAAUUGCGGUGUGAAGCUGGAGAGGUCCGGUUGGAUGAUAUUCUGAUGGAGAGAGAUGGGGAAAGACAUCGUCGGUUGAUUUGAGUCGUAUGAAGGCCACUGAAAAGGGACAAAAUAAUUUUCUUGUCGGUACUUUAUGAAGUGGAGCCAACCCGGGCCGAUGGCAAAUGUAAUUUUUUGAUUUUCUCUAAAAAAUAAUGGAUUUAUGGGUCGAGUCGUGGGUUAUCAAGAAUUUUUUUCCUUUGUUUUACACUGUGAUAUAUCGACUGAUCAAGUCACAAUUGCAACAUUGAGCCAAGUUUGAGAGUUGCUAUCAUUUUUGAGUUAGUGGGAGACAUUUCGGCUCAUUGUCAGGAAAAAUGGCAAGAAUUAUUUGUCAACACGCUUGCACUUCGUGAAUAUUAAGAGACCCUCUGCAUAAGUUAAAAAUUUUUUUACGAAGUGUUUCAUAGUAAGAAGAUGACUUACCGGGCGAUUAACAAUGUAAUUGAGAGAUGUCUGUGGAGCUUUUCCGUCGAUAAAAGGUUGUUUCUUCAUGCGUUUUCUGCAAGCAUAUCCAUCUCCCGUUUUUACAUACCUUCGUUUAUAAUUGCCAUUCUCAAACAUUUCAUUGAAAUUGGGGGCCAAUGUCCAGUAAUUUCCUUUCCGAUCAUUAACUGGCCCGAGGCCGUCACGAGCCUUCUUUAUGAAGCAAUCAUUCAAGGAUAGGUUGUGUCGGAUGCUGUUCUGCCAUCCUCUUCGUCUUUUGUGAUCUGCAUUCCGAUAGAAGGAGAAUCUUUUUUCGAUGUACUACAAUGCUCUUAGAUCACAACGCACCUUAAACUUACAUUAUAUAUCUGACUCAGAGUCAUCUUUCCUUCCGGCGAAGAGCUGAUGGCCAUGACGAUCAAGGCCACAUAUGAAUACGGCGGCUUUUCUUGGCCGCUCUCAUCCCUGGAAUGUUGUAAAAUGCUUUUUGGAUCGAGAGAAGCAGAAACAAACCAAAAUAUUUUGAUUUGAUAUAAUAACAUACCCGAGUUGUUGUGUUAAAUCAGCGGGCGGGCCCGUGUGUAGCGUCGAGGCAGAAGUCAUGUCGAAUGAAAUCUUUAUACAAAACAUUGGGUCGGCCAAAUCACAGGGCGGGACUUGGUCAUCAGCAGCCUCAUCAUUUCAGUGCUGGGAAUCAGAAGAAAGCGCCCGGCUCUUCGCUCCGUCGGCCAAUCGCUUCCCUUUUGGCCUACCGUAACCUGAUCGAGCCAAGUUUUUUUGGUAGCGUUUUGUACAAAGUUUGGGGGUUGUAAAGAAUGAUGGGUCUUUAUCUGGGCAUUUUAAUCCUUGGAUAUAGAUCAUUUAUUUCUUAAGGAUAAGGACAACGCCUUGUUUUUUCCUAAUAAUGUCAAAGACAAAACGUUCGCGCUGUUGACCUAAUUCUCAAGACAUUUAUUAUUCGAAAACUGAAACUUUUAGGAAUAAUACAAGUACUAAUAAUUCUAAAUUCAUCCCAUUAUUUGAUGAGUUUGCCUUGCUUUCUCGAAACGAGGAUGCCGUUCAAAUUUCGGUUAAUUUUCUCUUAAUGGGUUCAUAAAUUUAAUCCAUGACAUUUUCUGGAACGGAAUUCUCCGAAUAAAGUAUUUUUUUCACUUUCAAAUUAGCAUGCCUUCAGAAGAAAAUAUUAUAAUUAACCUCGGAACUGAUUCCGUUCGAUGUUAAUUAUUCGCUGCCAUGACUCUGCUUGGCGUCGUGACACAGAAAACACAUCGUUUAAGCGAAAUCAGGACCUAUUGUACUCUCUUCCUAUCUCCAAAUGCAAAUUCUGAUCACUUUGUCGGCUCUUUUUCUCUCAAUUAAAGCGCAGGAAAUACUUGUUGUAAUUAUUUGAAGGAUGGGCACGAAGCCGAGAAGAACGCGGAUAACUAUGCGAAGGGGCCGGAUGUUCAUUUUGAAAGGAAAAGGCCCAUGAAUGAGAUACUCGAGUUUAAAAGAGGCCAGAUCCAACAAGAAGUACCAGUAGAGGGAUGGAUGGAGCACAAAGAAUUGGUCAAGAAGUUGAAUGAUCGCCGGAAGGAGAAGGAUGAUGCGGCUAAUGGUAAGUCAAGCUGCAGUUACAGUAAAAAGGGGUAUCCUAAGCUUUUUUUUUGGUAUUGGAAUCUCGGAAGUGACCAGUCCUUUACAUUCGACAAGUCAUUGCGACCUCUGUUUGCAUAAGAAUUCUUGCGAAAGCGCCAUAAAUCUCGAAACGGCCUUAUUAGUUUUACUUUGCAAGUAUUGGUAAGGGGAUCGUUCGUUUGAUUUUAUGGAGCGUGAUGACUCCUUUUCGAAUAUUUAUUCAAUCUUCUUUUUGUUUUCGGCGCCAAACUGUCGCAAAACUGAUAUGAUUUUAGUUGGCUAUUACAGGUGAAAGUAAAAUAAAUUAUAAGGCAAUUCAAAUCCGCAACAGGUUAUUACGUCAUAAUCUUAGAGCCAGGUGUGUUUUGCCAAACCGUUUUAUUUUCUCCCCUCUGUGAAGGGAUUGCGUAAUCUAAAUUCCUCCCGAAAUGUAUGAAAUUCUGACCAAAUGAGCUGGGAUUCCAGCAUUUAUUUUGAUAAGGAUCUGCGGUCACUCAAAACGGCUUUCGGCCUCGGGGGAUUUUAACUCUUGGGUUUUAAUUAAAGCUUGCUUGGUCAUUUCAAUUGUUUUUGUUUGGCCAUUUUUUGACUCCAAUCUUUUUUUUCAGUCGAGGACUUCAGAGAAUUGGCCAAGCCCGAUGGCCAGGAAGAGGAUUACAAAGAAAUGGUAGGUCCCUUUCUCCCACUGACCUCUCCCUCUUCUUUUCAGCAUUAG